GACAGCCUGUGCAAUUGGAAAAAGAACAAGAAGCCACAGCAUGCUCUCAGUAAUGGAAUGUGGCUGGGGAACAUGCAUUCUGUGCUCAAGCAUCUCACCAUUCCUGAGCAAAUGCUCAUCACUCUCAUAUAUCUGUGCAGUUUUGUCUUUAAGAUGCAUCCACUGACAUGUGGUGGGCACAACCCAACCAUGCUUCAGAGGGGCAUGAGAGGAAAUGUCACAAGCUAUGAUAUGGACAUGAAGGAGAUCAUGGCCAUGGUAGAAGGAAAGAAGAUGCCAUGGCUGACCAGGGUGUUGGCCUCCAUUAUCAUGGUCACCUAUGUGGGUCAAGACCAAUUGCCAAUGCAGUGGCUGAAGAGUACUUUUCGAGUUUGGCACCACAAUGUGUUGCAGGCAUUGCAAUGGUUGAUUCACUAUAAUCCAUUGUACAGGGAUGUUGAAAUCGAUGAGUCAAUACUAGCAUCUUUGCACAACGAUGACAUACCCAUCGAAAUACAAGCUGGCAUGAGGCACAAGCCAGAUGAAGUUGGUUUGGAUGAGUGUCAGGGGACGACUCCCAGGUCCCCAUGA